AUGGGUCUGCAUAGUACUGGAAUGAUCAAGGGAUAUAAGUAUAAAUACCGUGUGUUACAUGCGCCUUUUGCAACCAUGAUCAUGGGGUUACCAGCUAUAGUGCUUGAAGGGAUUGGGGUCAUGAAUUGGUUCCACAACCAUUCCUCUGUUUCCUCGUCAUUGUUGGCCUUCUGUCUUAACUUCUCCAUCUUUUAUGUAAUUCACUCUACCACUGCAGUCACAUUCAAUGUUGCCGGUAAUUUGAAGGUUGCAGUUGCCAUUUUGGCUUCGCGGUCAAUAUUCCGGAAUCCCAUUUCGGCCAUGAAUGCUGUAGGAUGCGGAGUGACACUAAUUGGCUGUAUGUUCUUUGUUUAUGUGAGACAGAAGCUCUCCAAAAAACCGUCUGCACCGCCUCAGCUGGAGUUGCUCCCCCUUGUAAAUGAUGAGCCUGAUGAUAAGCUCUGAUUAAGAGGGCGGUCAUACAUCUACACAAGUUGGGAGCAGGUUAGAAACAAAGAAAGAAAAUCCUUAGUAUAGAAAUUAGGGACUCCAGAUCAAUUAGGGAUAA